AUGCGGACACAGUAUUCUCCAAGUGACCGCACACUGGCAACGGUCGCUUUCCAAGCUACAUUCAAGGUCCUCUUCUGGGUCCAACUCCUUGUCUGGAUCGCGCUUUGCCCGAGCUCGACUGUGGCCCAGACCUCUCCAACUCAUCGAAAUGUGACAGUACCCUUGUUUUCCGACCAAAUCGUCUACACUCCAUUCCUCUGCGAUGCAGCAGAGAUGCUUGAAAACCCAGAGGCGUGCGCGGGCGCAUGGUUCUCUACCAAUGUUCCAGAUAUACCUUUCCCGGUAGUCACAAGCCUUGGCCAGAACUCCUCGACUGGGGAUAUCAUCCCUCAGAUGUUCUUCAGGUUUCGAGCAUCGACUCUAUACCUCACCUUCGUUCCUGGGUUCAACGCAUCUGUCAACCUUACCCUAUCUGCCACCAAUAAUGCUGAAAUAACGACCACUGUUCAAUCUUCCAUCGGGCUCGCCACCGUGGUGAACAUCCCAGAAGACCUAAUAACAACCCUCGCUCUCACCGUCUUACCUUCUUCAACCCCUGUUCAGUUUGGGCUCGGACCCGACCUCUAUUAUUCCGAGUCUGACUCUCCCACCGCCUUCCCCUAUCUCAACCUUCUUCUCUCCAACGACGACGUCCUAUGCGACGUCAACGAUCACGAUGCCCGUGGACCCAAGCAGGAAGACGUUCAUCGCACAUGCGGUGGGGAUCACUGUUGGUGUAGGGUUGGGAGCGACGUUGAUUGUUGGUCUUGCGUUCUUUUGGUGGAAGCGGAGGCGGAGAAAGUCUGGGACGCCGCCAGCCUCCAGUAG